GUGGGCGUGGCCACAGGACGAGCGCGGCCCCGCGCCUAGAGCGACGAGGCGGGCGCCAUGACUCCAGUGAGGACCCAGCACGCCUCGGCAGGCCAGACCUACGCGGUGGCCCUCAUCCAGCCAGACCUGCGGCGCGAGGAGGCCAUCCAGCAGGUAGCAGACGCCCUGCAGUACCUGCAGAAGGUGUCCGGAGACAUCUUCAGCAGGAUCUCCCAGCGGGUGGAGCAGAGCCGGAGCCAGCUACAGGCCAUCAGGCAGAGGGUCUCCUUGGCCCAGGCCAAGAUUGAGAAGAUCAAGGGCAGCAAGAAGGCCAUCAAGGUCUUCUCCAGUGCCAAGUACCCAGCUCCCGAGCGGCUGCAGGAAUACGACUCCAUCUUCUCAGGUGCCCAGGACCCUGACCUACAGGGGCGGCCACGCCACCGGAUCCAGAGCAAGCACCGCCCCCUGGAUGAGCGGGCCCUGCAGGAGAAGCUGAAAUACUUUCCUGUGUGUGUGAGCACCAAGCCCGGGCCCGAGGAUGAGGCCGAGGAGGGGCUGGGAGGCCUUCCCAGCAACAUCAGCUCUGUCAGCUCCUUGCUGCUCUUCAACACCACCGAGAACCUGUACAAAAAAUAUGUCUUCCUUGACCCACUGGCCGGUGCUGUGACCAAGACCCAUGUGAUGCUGGGGGCAGAGACGGGGGAGAAGCUGUUCGAUGCCCCACUGUCCAUCAGCAAGAGGGAGCAGCUGGAGCAGCAGGUGCUAGAGAAUUACUUCUAUGUGCCAGACCUGGGCCAGGUGCCCGAGAUCGAUGUGCCUUCCUACCUGCCCGACCUGCCUGGCAUCGCUGACGACCUCAUGUACAAUGCCGACCUGGGCCCUGGCAUCGCCCCCUCGGCCCCGGGUGCCAUUCCUGAACUGCCCACCUUCCACACGGAGGUCGCUGAGCCCUUCAAGCCAGACCUAGAGGACGGAGUGCUGACAGCACCCCCACCACCACCGCCACCGCCACCGCCUCCCCCGGCUCCCGCCGUGCUGGCCAGUGCCCCACCUCCACCUCCCCAGCCAGCGGCCCCCACAGACCCGAGUGCCAGGGUGGAUGACAGCAGUGACAACGCACCCCCAGCAUCCGGGCCGUGUGGCCCCCAUGGCCAGGCUCCCGAGGAGAAGCUGCUGCGGGUACCAAGCUUCACCCUCGGCCAGCCUGAGCAACCUCGCUCCCUGCCAGCUGCAGUCCAGGGAGCCCCCAAGGAAGUGGUGGACCCCUCCAGCGGCCGGGCCACCCUGCUGGAGUCCAUCCGCCAGGCCGGGGGCAUCGGCAAAGCCAAGCUGCGCAGCGUCAAGGAGCGCAAGCUGGAGAAGAAGAAACAGAAGGAGCGGGAGCAAGUGAGGGCCACCAGCCAAGGUGGGGACCUGAUGUCAGAUCUCUUCAACAAGCUGGUCAUGAGACGUAAAGGCAUCUCUGGGAAAGGCCCCGGGUCGGGGCCCAGCGAGGGCCCAGGAGGAGCCUUCGCCCGCAUGUCUGACUCCAUCCCACCCCUGCCUCCCCCACAGCAGCCAGCAGGAGAGGACGACGAGGACGACUGGGAGUCCUAGGGGGCCCUUGUGGGGAGCCGGAAGGUGAGGACUGCCUUGGCCAUGUGCCUGGCCGCUCUUUGAGGAGCAGGGUGGUCCUGCCUUCAGGAGCCAGCAAGGGCAGCAGUAAAGGGCUGUGUAAGAACUGA